AUUAUUGAUACAUGCUAAAUUUGACGGACAGUUAAACAAAUAAGAAACAUACAAUUCAACAGUUUAGUUAAACAAACACUUUGUACAUUGCAGGUAGCUUAGUUGCAAUAUACACUGUCGAUGAAAUAUAUACACUUGCUUCAAAUAUCUAAAUUUCUGAAAUAAUAUAUUUCGAUAAAAAUUUAUGAAAAAUAUAAAGCAAAAGUAGUUUUUAAAACUAAUUUUUAAUAUGGAAAAUGAAGAUAAUUCCAGAAUGGACGGUUUAGAUAAUAUCCAGAAUGGAUUAGCUCAACAGCAAAAAAUGCAACUUUCGUCCAAAGCAACGGCGUUUUCAAUUGCAGCAAUUAUUGGUGGUGGUAACAAUAGCAAUUCUGUUGGACAUUUACAGUCCCCAAAUGAUGAACAACAUCCCUCAACAAUAGCUCCACUCGAAAAAUUUGUAGAAACAUCAACAGCAUCCCCUACCCAGCCUUCGUUUGUCCCCAUCAGUCCACCACUUACUGAUGUGUCGCCGGUCAAACGGGAAGCAGCCCCAGAACUUGACCAUAAUGAGGUGACCACCACUACAUCACCACCAUGCAGCAAAGAGUUAGCCAAUGUCCAUUGUAGACUAGAAACGAAAGAUUUAUGGGACAAAUUCCAUGAACUAGGAACAGAAAUGAUUAUUACGAAAACUGGAAGACGCAUGUUUCCGACAUUACGAGUAUCCUUUACUGGUAUUGACCCUGAGACUAGAUACAUGGUUCUGAUGGACAUUGUUCCAGUAGACAACAAACGAUAUAGAUAUGCUUAUCACCGGUCUUCAUGGCUCGUGGCUGGCAAAGCAGACCCACCACUACCAACACGACUGUAUAUGCACCCAGACUCGCCAUACACUGGGGAACAACUAACAAAGCAAACAGUCUCUUUUGAAAAACUGAAGCUCACCAAUAAUAUGCUAGAUAAAAAUAAUCAGAUUAUUCUCAAUUCCAUGCAUAAAUACCAACCAAGAAUUCACAUCGUGAAGAAAAAGGACACCGGUUCAAACCAAACAUCCGUGUCAAGUUUAGACGCGGAGGAAUUCAAGACGUUCAUAUUUCCGGAAAGUACAUUUAUUGCUGUAACAGCAUAUCAGAAUCAACUGAUAACAAAAUUAAAAAUCGACAGCAACCCAUUUGCAAAAGGUUUCAGGGAUUCAACACGACUUACAGAAUUUGAAAGCUCUGCCUUCAGUUCCGAAUGUCCAACGUAUCCAUUUUUGUACAGAGAAAGCAUGGAGAGUUUAUUACAACAGCACACCUACGCUAGGUCUCCAUUGAGGUCGUACUCAGAGUCAGAGAUAGAGGAACAACUCAAGCAGCACAGAGAAUAUAUGGCGAAGGAAGAUGGUUUAGGUGGAGAUAAACAAAGCGGCGUCCCUCAUUCACCAUGGCCAAUAUGGCGUCCAAUACCAUCAUCUAUGAUGGGGUCGUCUGCUUACCUUCCAAAUGACAGAUCGUUAUACACAUUGUAUGGAGGACUGUUUGGCAUGGCUGCUGCUAAUUCGAACUUUGUUUUUCCAACCGUAGCUUUACAUCCAUUACUAGGAUCUAGUAAUUUACGUCUCAGGGACACAGUUCCUACUAGUGCUUCAUACUCAACCUCAGACACUAGCGGACUCCAUUAUAAUCCAUCCUCUAUGUACAGGUAUCAUCCUUAUCUGACACCGGAAAAAAUAGCACAAAAAGCUGCAGAAAGUGCAGCGGAAGGAUGUCGACAAUAAUCAACUGUGAUAAUUAAUGUAAAAAGACCACGUCUUUCUGUGAAAGCUUCAAACAGUUCAUCUAGUCAUGAUACAUAGACAGGUUAUAAACAGAUCCCGGUGAAAGAUAAACCGGAAGUCUAAAAUUUCAGGUACAAAUCAACAAAUCAAUUUUAUUCGCGGCUUACUUUGUUUGUUACAUAAUUUCAAAUUAUAGGGCAAAAUUGCUAAUGGAUUGCAUUCCGAUAUACCAAAGUGCUUGUAUAAGAUACAACCUUCUUGGAUAAAAGAUUGACAUAUAAUGUUAGAUUUUAUCUUUUUCUUCAAUUGAAACUC